ACGGAUUUACGUAAAUCAUUGCGCAAUCUUAUUUUUUGCCUGUGGAAUCCACAGCUCUCUCUCUGUCUAUAAUAGUGUUUCAUUCUCCAGUUUCUACUUCUGUUUGGCGGUUCAGGGUUAUGAAGAUAAAAUGCAUUUAAUAACCGGAAGCUGUGUCCUGGUUUUGUGGAUGUAUACACUGACCCUUGUGAAAAGUCAAGACUGUACACGUGAACAGUUUCUUAAUGACAAGCUGUUUGAUCCAAAUUUCGACACAACUGAUCUGGAGGCCACCUACCCUAGUGGAACACAAGUGAGAGUGGGCUGCAAUGUUGGCCACAGUGGCUUUUUCAGACUGUUAUGUGUCAAAGGAAAAUGGACAUCAAGAGACAGCCCGUGUCAACCGAGAUCAUGUGGCCAUCCCGGGGAGGCCCCGUUUGCAGAUUUUCAUCUGGAAAAGGGAGACGAUUUUGUCUUUGGGUCACAAGUUUUGUACACCUGCAAUAAAGGUUAUCAAAUGGUCAGUCGCACAAAAUACCGGCGUUGCAUGUCUGAAGGCUGGGAUGGUGUGGUUCCUGUCUGUGAAGCCCAACAGUGCCCAGUGAUUCACGUGGAACAGAAUGUCCAGGUGAUUGGGGACCCAGAGGAAGCAACCUAUGGCAAUGUAGUUCAAUUCAGCUGCAAGUCCCGCACUGAAAUCCUGUCUGGGUCACAAGAAAUGUAUUGUGAUGAAAAUGGAGAAUGGCGUGGACAAAUUCCUACAUGCAAAGAGAUAACUUGUGCAGUACCCGAGAUUGAAAAUGGUUUUGUGCCUGGAGAUAUUCCAGAGUACAAAGAAGAGGAGGUCCUGCACUUUCGUUGUGAUGCUAGAUAUAAACCCACUGUAGGCAGACCUUCAAAAUGCAUCAAACAUGGAAUUAGAGCAGAGUGGAGCCCCACACCUGCAUGUGAACCAAUAAGAUGUAGACUGACACUGCCGCCACAGAAGGGAACCAGGUAUCAAUCUCCUUCCAGAAAUGUGUUUCUACCUGGUGACACAGUGAGAGUCAUGUGUGGAGAUAAGUACUGGAUUUCACACCCUUGGGGUACCUCAGUAGUGACUACAUGCAAAGAGGAUGGAGAAUGGACUUUCCACCCAGUGUGCCAAGAGGUUGUAUGCAGUAAUCAAAGACCACAGCAUGUGUAUCACUGGAGUGUUGAAUGGCGCCAACGAAUGACAUUGGGUGAGACUGCAACAUAUUUGUGUGGGACGGGCUACAAGAAGACAGAUGGUGCCACCUCGGCCAAAUGCACCAGAGAUGGAUGGAAUCCAAAUCCACUUUGUCAAGUAAUUCAUAAUUUUAUUGACUUUGUUUCAGGGACACCGUGUAAAAAACUUCACAUCGACAAUGCACAAAUUACCAACAAUGAAAAGGAUAAUUACAGGCCCAAUGAACAUGUCCAAUAUGAAUGCAGGAACGACAAUAAAACAGUUUUUACUGUUACCUGUGAGCAAGAUGGCUGGACAGGGAUAAAGAACUGUUCAGAUAUAACUUAUUUUUGUUGUUGUUUUUCACUGUUGGAAUGUCCGAAAGCUGUUGUACCACAUGUAUUUGGCGUUAGUCCAAACAUUGACACACUGUUCUACACCUGCAAUGAAGGGUUUAAACUUUCUACCAAAGGCUGGUGGGCUGAGGUCAAAUGUAAUGAAGGCCGGUGGUUUGGAUUUGAACAUUGCAUUGGUAAAUCAUCUUUAAUCUACUACACGUCUAGUUGUAACCUGCAUCAAGUAAUCCAAAAAAUCUACUUGAAGCUGUACAUCACUUUUAAGAUUGCUUAUUUAGACUUGGCCAAAAUGCAAUUGUCUUUCAUCCUUCUGUUUCUCCAACUGUGGAGGAACGUGGACGUCUCUUUAUCACAGAAUGCAUGUUCAAAGCUCCCAGAUGUUCCUCACUCCCAUGUGUCAGAAGACACCAAAAAAGCCGUCUACCACGAGGGAAACGUGAUACAUUUCACUUGUGAUACUGGUUAUAUAUCAGGUCCAACCAUUACUUAUGUAUGUAGUCCUACAACCAGAGGCUGGUUGCCAGCCCGUCAUGGUCAAGGAACGUGCUACUUAAAGCCAUGUGAACUUCCUGAUGAAACUCCCAAUGGCUAUUAUGAAAUUAUCAACGGUGAAGAGUUUGUAUUUGGAACCACAAUCAAAUACUUUUGUAAUGCAGGGUAUCAAAUGGUGAGUAAGGAUGCCACCAGGACUUGUUUGAUGGACAAAUGGACCAAUCAUGUGCCAAUAUGUGAUCCUUUGAGCUGCGAGCUCCCACCCGUAGACGAAGGUGUUACGGUAAAAGGUUUACCGGAAAAUGAAGGUUCCAUACUUCCUGACCGCUUCCUCACGUUCAGCUGUGAUGGUCCUGGGAAGUUUCUGAAUGGCAGUUCAGUGCUGAUAUGUGGUAAAGAUGGACAGUGGGAUAAUCCAUUCCCCUCUUGUGAAGACAGCACUCCUGCAGUUCACCGGAUGCAGCCUCAUCUCAAUGCUGAUGAAAAAUGCAAAUUUCCAGGUGUUCCAGACGGCGUGCUCCUCAACACACAUGUACCAGACAAUCAACUAAGACAAGGACAAAACUUGAGGUUUGAAUGCAUCAAUCCUAAAGACACUCUUCAUGGGAAGGCAAUAGUUGAGUGUUUAGCAGGCGGAGAGUGGAGUGAUCCCUUCCCAACAUGUGGAGCUCCUUUGGGUUGUGGGACGUCACCACCCCUUACAGACGGAGACACCACAGAAACUCUAAGAUUCCAACACCGCCAUGAAGAAAGGGUUCAAUAUCGCUGUCAGAACUACUAUACCAUGGAGGGUGAGCCUUACAAAACCUGCAUCAAUGGGGAAUGGAUUGGACGGAUCAGGUGUCUAAAACCCUGCACUGUGGAUGAAGAAGCCAUGCGCUCGCAUAAUAUUGACUUCAGAUAUGGAUCUCAACUUAAGAUAUAUUCACGCCAUAAUGAUCAUAUAACUUUCAAGUGUACCGAAAGAAGAAUACCUGUCGGCACAUCGGGCAUGCGUUUCCAGUGUGUUGACGGUGAGAUGCACCUGCCCACUUGCCAGUAAAGGUUUUUAGUUAACUGGAUGAGAUAUAAACAUGAGCCAGGGGGACGACCAAAGUAAAGAGUUAGACCAGUGAUAUCCUGAUCCAGUGGCUAUGCUUCAGUGCUCUGUGUGGUCAUUUUAAUAAAACAUACGUAUUUCCCCUUG